UCCCACACCGACCGCUCAUUCACAAAUUUCCUUUUCAUCCCGCUCUUCAUCCGCUUCCACUGGGAUUGUGCGGGUUCACUGUCCGUGGUGCUGACCGCCCCGAACGGCUGUCCUUGGUGCUGAAACACCCACCCGAUAACCACCAGAGCAGCGGAGCGGCUUGACGGGCAGUCGAGGUUGCAGCAGGCAGAGGGAGACGGUGGAAGGUAACGCAGGGAGGCAGCAUCAUGGCGGACAGAGACAGUGGCAGUGACCACGGAGGGCCCAUCGCAGGCCCCGGCUCGCUGCCCCCGGGCGCGAUGGGCGCCAUGUCUCGGCUGCAGCACGACACCGAGGAGCUCGCCUCCAAGCGUGUCGACAUCCAGAACAAGCGCUUCUACCUUGAUGUGAAGCAGAAUGUUAAAGGCCGCUUCCUAAAGAUAGCCGAGGUCGGCGCUGGGGGAAACAAGAGCCGCCUCACGCUCUCCAUGUCCGUGGCCGUGGAGUUCCGCGACUAUCUCGGGGACUUUAUCGAACAUUACGCCCAGCUGGGCCCGACGAACCCGGACAUGGUGCAGGAUGAGCCGCGGCGGGCGCUGAAGAGCGAAUUCCUGGUGCGGGAGAAUCGGAAAUAUUACAUGGAUCUGAAAGAGAACCAGAGGGGGCGGUUCCUGAGGAUCCGGCAGACCGUUAAUCGGGGCCCCGGAUUGGGAAGUGCGCAAGGCCAGACCAUCGCUCUGCCGGCGCAGGGUCUCAUCGAGUUCCGCGACGCUCUGGCCAAACUCAUCGACGACUACGGCGUGGACGAGGAGCCGGCGGAGCUCCCGGAGGGCACCUCGCUCACGGUCGACAACAAGCGCUUCUUCUUCGACGUGGGCUCCAACAAGUACGGCGUGUUCAUGCGGGUGAGCGAGGUGAAGCCCACGUACCGGAACUCCAUUACGGUGCCCUGCAAAGUGUGGUCCAAAUUCGGCAACACCUUCUGCAAAUACGCGGAGGAGAUGCGGAAGAUCCAGGAGCGGAGUAGAGAGAAGCGGGCCUCCGAACUGCUACCUGAGGGCCCGCACGGCGCGGACGACGGCGACGACGACUGACUGGGGAUCUUAAAGAGGAGCCGAGGUGAACCAAGCAAAGUCGAAAUCUGAACUGUGUGAGAGAAAGAGAAAGAGAGAGAGGGGGGGAACACACACACCAGACUUUUAACUGUAAAAUAGAUCGAGAUUUUCCAAGGGAAUCACCCCACACACACAACCUCCACAGACAUGGCAGCACCUCUGCUGCCUCCUCGCUCAUUUUACUGGAUGUCACCCCACUUACCACCCAUGUAACAGUAAAGCCGCUGCUAUCAAGGAUCGAACUGUAAGAUAUGAACUGUUUCCUACUAGACUUAAACGACAAUGAACAGAGUGUUUAUAGUCUAUCUCUACCAGGACAGAUUUUGCACACGUUAAAGCUAUUUCGAAAAGUAAAUGUUUUCAAUAUAUAUAUAUAUAUAUAUAUAUAUAUAUAUAUAUAUAUAUAUAUAUAUAUAUAUAUAUAUAUAUAUAUAUAUAUAUAUAUAUAUAUAUAUAUAUAUAUAUAUAUAUAUGCAUAGAUUUAAUCAAAGUUUAAAAAAGAAAAGAAAAAACCACAGAGGUCUAUUAUAUGAAUCGACAGUCUUCAUGUUGAAUUAAUAUUUGACAUCAGCACAAAGAGAAUAUAAUGUAUAAUGGAUUUUAUGAAACCAAAAUCAGAAACCAGAAGAUGUAAAGUUUACUUAUAUGAAGAAAAAACAAAAAACAAACAAAAAAGGUACGCAGAAUAAAUAUAUAUGAAAGCACUCUUAUUGAAUAAGAAGCACUACAGGCUUGUAAACACCUGUCAGCAUGUGUGUAGGCUCAUGCUUUGUAAAGAAGUUGGUGGGGUAGAUAAUGAUUUGACCGGACGCAUGGUCAGCUAAUGACAGUAUUUCUAUCAUGCAAUCCUGGAAAAGGUUUGAGACAGAAUUGAAAAGCCCACUUGGUGGGUCGGUGGGUUCUGGUUGGUGGGGUCCGGGGGCUCAAGCAAACGGGAUAAAGCUGAGCUUCUCUAUUGAAUAUCAACUCUCUUGCACCAUGUCCAUGUAAACCUAAAGGAGAAAAGUGCUAACUUAGAUGUACUAAUUAUGAUUUUGUGAAUCAGCUGUAAAAAAGAAAUCCUUAUUAAGAUACCCACGUUUUCAGUGGGUAACGUUUUUCUUUUUCUUCUUCUUCUUGUCUUAUUAGUUACUUUGUUGCUCUUUCCUCUGGAUGGGGUAGGGGAGGGGGGGAUGCAGAAAAAAAAACAAAAAACAGGUUAAAAGGUCCAGUUGUGGGAGCGCAAGACGCAGAAAACAAAACAACAAAAAAAAACACCCCAACAACAAACAAACAAAGAAAAAAAAAAAGAAAGUGAGACGCGUCAGCGCGCGGCGAGGCAACAGCAUCCUCUUUGACGUCACUACGACCCGUGCCUUAUACACUCCACUCGUUUACGUGUUCUCACAUGGAUGGUCCGUGACCUCGACCGUUGUAUGUUUUUAUUUACGAGUGUUGUUAACAGUAGGCAGAUAUAUGUAUAUAUAUAUAUAUAUAUAUAUAUAUAUAUAUAUAUAUAUAUAUAUAUAUAUAUAUAUAUAUAUCCUACUCACCGGCGGGGGAGGCUGCGGGUUGCUCGCCCCUGCGGUGCAUGGAGCACGGCAACACCAAAAGUCAGCUGAGAGGGACAUGAGGGAUGGACAGAUGCAGUGGUGGUGGGUCGGUGGUUGGCCGGAAAGAUGCUGGAGCCAAUGAAAUUUGAGGGGGUGCUCACUGUGUUAUGCCAACAGGGAGCUUAGGAACCCCCUUGCUACACGUCUAGUGGUGUGGCAUCUUGUAGACGUAGGAGAAAGACCCAAGAGAUGGCUUUGCUAACUAUAUGCAUCAUGAUGUUGGCAAAAAAAAAUUAAAUAAAGGAUGAAGAGCUGCCGGAUGAGAGCAGAUAGGAGCUGAGAGGUUUGCCCCAUGCAGAGAGUGUGAGUGCAGUCCAGAGGAUGCAGAGGCCUAUCAACGGAGGGCCCAGGCAGUAUCUAUCUUUUCAUGGUGCUACAGCCCUUGACGGGGUCCUCGGGACCUCUCGCCACUCAUAACAUGUCACUUUUGCAUAAUUUGUUUUAUUUUUGUUUUUUUUCUUCUGUCCUCCUUGUUCAUGUCUCCACGUAUACAUUGUCCAAAAACGUCUCGGGUUUCUCCUUCCCAGCAAGAGAAGAAGCCGCCUGGCUGAUGUAGGACGUUUCAUAUUAGUGUGCAAUAUCGUGUACGUGCCAAUGGUGGCAUUGUAUCAAGUGUACAGACUAUUAAAAGAGGAAGAAAAAAAAAAAGACGAAGAAGAAGAUGUACAGGCUGUGUGAUCGGUAGAUAUUCGAAAGCACGAAGAUAGAGGUCAAUGCUUCUGCGUUAUAUUUCCCAAAUGUGAAGACUGCUCAAACUGACGAAACGUCGUAGUGAGGUCUCGUUUUCCCUUCCUGUUCUGUAAAACCGGUGGGCUGCCUUGUCUGGGUUUUGUUUUUGGUGCGCAUACACUAGUUUCGUGUUUUUAUGUGUCCUCCACCAAUGAGAUCGCCCCCUCCUCACUCCUCUUCAAAUGCACACAAUGCAGACACACAACCGCCCCAAUCCGUGUCAAUGUUGGACCCCCCUCCCCUCCGCGUUGGUCUCCUCUGGACUUCAACCGCUUCUUGAAGGCAGAGGUCCAGUGGAGGCUGACAACACACGUCCAGCCUCCCCCUGCUGAGGCCCCCUGUUGCUCUCUGAGUGUUUGGGAGGUCUCUAAAGUAUGUUGAAUGGUGUCUCGAACUACACAAGGCCUCUUGUCACUAGGAGCCAGGAAAACUGUGUGUUGGGAGUGAGAGCUUGUUGGGAUCGGUCGAUUGCAGGACAGGUGAAGUACGAAUCAGCUUUGGCUUUUAUUUUAUUAUUGGAAGCACUUUUGCUAGCUGACCAGCUGAAGCAUGGAGGGAGGGUGUUUCCGGUCGUUUCUGCGGUGAGGGUCACAGCAUGUCCGUCGGACGUAGCUUUCAGAUUCUUCAACCCAGGUCCAGUCCGGUCUCUUUGUGCUGACUUAAUAACUUAAAAUUGAACUCUUCUAUCACAGUCGGGUUUAUGCAAAGCCAGUUGGCACACAGCGGCUGACUCAACGGGUUGGGUGGGGUGGGGGACACAGACAGGCCGCAAUAAAAAGCGUCGUCCUCGGCUGCAGGACGACGACAGGUCCGCUUCGAUUUUUGUUUUAAAAAGGUGGGGUUGUGUUUGAUUCAUCACCCUUCUGGCAUCCGAGAGAGAUACUCCUGAUAACGCCACCUGUUUCAUGUACAGACAUUUUGGCUCGUGGAGAGAGAGGGGAAGAGAGACAAUGAAAGGCCCGACGAAGCCUGGCACUGUCCUGCUUUGGGCUCACCAGCAGCCGCCUUACAGAUCCCAGCAGGACCGUUUUCUCUCGCUUGCAGAGAUCAUCUCAUCACCCCGGCUGGUGAAUGAUAAAAAAUAAUAAUAAAACGCCAGUAUUUAUUGAACAUGAGCCACCAAUGACUGUGUGCCCAACAAAGCACAUCUGAGUUCAUCCUGAGGGUCAAGACUCUCUGUUGUGUGGCAGCACUCAUCCUCCACAGUACUCUCUCCUUAGCUUGAUUAAAUUUAGUUCUCCACAAGGUUCAUGCGACACACGGCUAACCCACAACCCCCGCCCCCCCCCCAGCCAUUAAUGAGAGACCGAACCUGCUCAGACUUUAUGAAACUUGCACCUUUCUCUUUCUGAAAGACCCCGACACGUAUACCGUACAGGCCAGCACCGCGGGGGGGCAGUUGUGUUUUUGGCACAGAGCGGUUCUGUUGUGAAACUCGGCCCCUUUUUUUGGGUCGCGGCUCUGUGUCGGAUUACGCGGCAAAAAAGGAGGCGAAGGGGGACGCACAUGGGAUUGAUUUUUUAUUUUUUUUUCCUGAUCGAUUCUAGUUUCUUAUUUCACGGGAGAUCACACAGUCUCAAAGCGAACAACAACAAAAAAAACACAAACCCGGAGUGACCUUGCAGCCAUGUCUUUGCCCAGAUUAGACCUUUUUCUGGGAUGCAAAAUGGUAGUUUUCUGCGCUGCUGUUUUUGCGUGUCAGUGGUCAGGCUCUGCGCUGAAGUUCAGCGUGCGCCGAAGCUGUUAGCAUUGAUGAGGAUGAUGGUUGAUUAAUUAUAGUGCAGGCGGCCUCGCAGCAGCCCUCUGACGCGCCGUUUUCCGGCCUUUUCGUGUUUAUCUUUGUCAAAUGAGCUUUUUACUUUCUUGAAACAUGCGAGGCUCGUUGAGCAAAAAACAGGAAAAGUGAAGGACUAGCCUCCUGCUGGCUGUUGCUAAGAUUGCAACGUUGACUCCAGCUUGUUGUCUGCAUCCGAACAGAACACCUGGCAGAACGCUUGGCAACAAAAACUUAAGGUUUCCAACCUGGAAGAUUUUCCAGCUGCUAUUGUUGUGAUGUUUGAAAAACAAUCCUAGAGAAAGUACCAGAGUGAAUGUGUUUUGCUCCGUGGCACUCCCCCCCACCCACACCUGUUGCUGUGCACUGCCAGUUAGAUGGCUGGGGAAAAAACCCACCAGAACCAAUUCAGCUGGAGCAAAUUAAACCUCAUUUAAUGAGGCGCCACCAAGAAAUAUCAGUAAAAAAAAAAAAAAGCUCAAAUAUUCUGAGCAGUAAGCACUACUGUUAUUUCUUAUUCAGUCUUUCUGUAGGAAUCAAAAUACCAGAGGAAGAUAUGUACUCAAGUAAGAGUAGCGCUACUUUAAUGUGUUUUUACUCGAGUAAAAAGUAUCCAAUCAAAAAAUUACUCAGGUAAAAAAAAAAAAAAAACGUUAAAAAAGUGUACUAAAGUACAGAGUAACUGUUCAAAUGAUCAAUCAUUUGAUAUUUAAAAACUACAUCACCAGAUGGAGUGAAAUAUAAAGUAUAAAUUUCAUUUUACAAGACCAAACUGAAAAUAAUUCACAUCAAUAACAUAAUAGCAAAAAGAUAAAUAAAUAAAUAAAAUCAGGCAAAACAAACAUUUUCCCAAACAAAAUUCUUUCAAUUAAAAACGUAUGAAGUUUUUAAUUGCAGGUGUGUGUGUGUGUGUGUGUGUGUGUGUGUGCGUGUGUGUGUGCGUGUGCGUGUGCGUGUGCGUGUGUGUGUGUGUGUGUGUGUGUGUGUGUGUGAGAGUAUGGUGAGAUUUUGAGGGGGUAAAAGAUGUUUGUUUUUCAUUCAGCUGGUGGAGAAUCCAGACAUUUUACUCAAAUAAAAGUAACGGUACUUUGUAAUAAAGUUACCGGGGUAAAAAUAAAAAGUGCAGCGUAUUUAGAAUACUCCUAAAAAUUAAUUUUUCCCCGCCCAAAAAAAGUUACUCAAGUAAAUGCAACCGAGUAAAUGUAACUAGUUACCACCCAACGUUAAUAUUAAUAGAUAGCACCAAUACAUUCAUUACAAUUACUGUAGUCAAUGUAGCACUUUUGCAGGACUAGAGAUAUUGGCCGCAUUUUUCUUUAUUUAAUUUUUUUAAAUGAAACCAAUCAGAUCGUCUGACCAAACUAAAAUUCUUUGUUGUUUUGUUUUGUUUUUUGUUUGCUUGUGGAGUUCCCUGUGAACUUCACUUUUCCUGUGAACUGGUCUUGUUUUCCCAAAAAGACAAGUGAAUAAAAAUCACAGCCUCUCGUCAAAA